CAGGACGUCGCGCGCUCAGUACGACGGUGUGCACCGGACUCUCUGCAACGCACCGACUAUACGUUCCGCGUAGCUCUCGAGUGCGCGAUUUUUCUCGGCUCCCUUCGCUCGUUCACACACACACGAGGUACACCGUGACAAGUGUCGUCGACUCACUGAUCUCCCGCGCGUGAGGCGUAUCUCAGCUCGCGAAGUGUGCCCGGGUAAGCGUGCGAUGACGUACGCAGGUGCGCCGUCGAGCAAGAGGUGAAGGUCGAGACGGAGAGGAGAGAAAGAGAGAGAGGCUAUGGCCUGCAGUGCGGUGCGGCGAGCCCGCUGUGACCGUGCACCGGAAGUUAACGAGGAACUACUGAAGCACCGGUAAGCGACAACACAGCUCUCGAGACUCGAUGAAGCUUCUAGUUACGAGUAAAAUGAAGCAGAAAUCAUCGGGCCUAUCAUGAAACAUACGGCACAAGAGGCCGGGUGGCAGCGUUCUAGGAUAACCCGUGACACAUCAUGGAACAGGUAGUUUUGCUGAUAGGAGCCGUCCUGAUAGCGUCGGCUCUCUGCGCCGAGCAACAGUCCAAUAAUGUUUUUGGCCAUUGUAUACUUCCGCUCGGCAUGGAGGAGGGAAAAAUUCCGGACCACGCCAUCACGGCUUCCUCCAGCUACGAGAUGAAGUCCGUCGGGCCGCAGAAUGCAAGAAUACGUCAGGAGAAGAACGGCGGCGCCUGGUGCCCGAAGGCGCAGAUAAGCAGCGACAUCCGCGAGUACCUCGAGGUCGACCUAACGAAGGAUCAUCUAAUUACGUGGACGGAGACGCAGGGCCGCUUCGGGAACGGCGAGGGCCAGGAGUACGCGGAGGCCUUUUUCCUCGAGUACUGGCGCGACCUCAAGUGGCAUCCCUACAAGAAUCUCAGGGGCGACCGGGUGCUGCGGGGCAACAGCAACACGUACCUGGUCGAGAGACAAAAGCUCGAGCUGCCUUUCGUCGCGAGCAGGGUGCGCUUUGUUCCUUACAGCCAGCAUCCGCGCACCGUCUGCAUGAGGGUCGAAAUUUACGGCUGCGCCUGGGAGCAGAGGAUAGCGAGCUACACGAUACCGGCGGGAGAGAUCCACGGCCCCAACAACAGCAACCUCGAUGACUCGUCUUACGAUGGCAGCGAGGUUAACGGCACCCUCAGCAACGGUCUUGGCCAACUGACCGACAACGUCCUCGGCGACGAGCAGGAGUUCCUCUCUUCGUCGAGCGGCAACAACUGGGUCGGCUGGGGCAACCGCGAGAUCGUCGAGCUCGUCUUCGAGUUCAAGGAGGUCCGGGAGUUCGACAACUGCAGCAUCCACGUGGCGCACGUGCCCAGGCGCGAGAUCGAGGUGUUCUCGCUGAUUCAGGUGUGGUUCUCCUACGACGGCAAGAACUAUCAGACGUCGACGGAGAAAAUCGAUAUCUCCAACGACUUCAAGCCGAACGCGGCUGUGGUCGAGAUCCCGCUCCAAUUAAAAACCGGCCGGUUCGUUAAGCUGGAGAUCAAGCCGAGGUCCAAGUGGCUGCUCAUCAGCGAGGUGACUUUCGGAUCGGUCCCCGGAUUGAGGAACCUCACGAACGAUGCGAUGCCGGAGCAGAGCGUUGUGUUCGAGCGCAACGAGACGGACGUGCCGGAGCCGACGCGCCCGAAGAGCGAGCUGAACGAGACCGUUUACGAGCCCAACCCGAACCUAACACCCGACGCCUUCCCCAUCGGCAACUCGCAGACGUACAUAGGCCUGGUGAGCGGAGUGCUGACGGUGCUGGCCCUGCUGCUCACCUGCACGGUCUUCCUGAUGAAGCAGCGCGGCCGCAACAAGGUCGCCCUGCUGCAAAAGCAUACGGCUCUGCUAUGCGGUCCAACCGCGCCGGGGAUCACCAUCAACAUGAAGGACAUCAAGCUCUCGACGCCGAUCGUCGUGAACGGUUUAUCCCAGUCGAGGCUCUCCAUCAAGAGCAAAGGUUUCGCAUCGGCUCUCGCUGGUAACGCCGCCGCCGACGAUAACAUGGGCACCUUACGCAGCAGCAUCCGCAGCGACAACGGCAGCGAGUACGAACAGUGCAGCGCUUACGAGCGCACCUACAAGCUUUUCUCCGAGGAGAAUCUCGCCUACGAGCCCGCGCCCACCCACAAGACCGAGAGGUUCUCCACCUGCAGUGGUGUCACGGACUUUACGAGCGAGCACAGCUACCAGGAGGACAAAUCGAGCGAGAGGAUAGCGCCGACGGCUUUUCCCGUUAAACGACACGGACAUAACAACUCCAAAGCAAAUCACAAGGUCCACGAGGGUUACUACGCAGCCACGGAUAUUCUGACGAUCAAACGAAGAGAGCAGCAGAGCUCGUCGAGUCUGUUCACGCCCCUUCAGAUCCAGGAGAGCGUCCAGCUGUCGAACACCUCGAGCAUCUACAACAUCCAGCAGAUAUCGAGGCACCGGCUGAGGAUUCUGGACAAGUUCGGCGAGGGAAGCUUCGGCCUCGUCUACCUCUGCGAGGCCAAGGGCAUACAGAGCCCCGAUAUCGGCACGAUACGCAACAGACAAAUCGUCAUCGUGCGAUCGCUCUGGAGAGGCGUCACCGAUUCCCUCAAGAAGGACUUCAUGAAGGACAUGCAUUUACUGGCUGCGAUUCGAGAUCUCAACGUCGCGAGGAUAAUCGCUCUGGUCGAGGAGGAACCGAUGGGUGCUGUUUUCGAGUACGGCGAACUUGGCGACCUUCCGACCUUCAUGAAGAGCGGAAGCGAAAACGGAAACGACGACCUGACCAUGAGUUACGGCUGCCUCCUCAAUUUCGUCACCCAAAUUGCUUCCGGGAUGAAGUACUUGGAGAACUUGAAAAUCCCACACUGCGAUCUGGCUGCCAGAAACUGCUUCGUCAAUAAGAACCUGAUCAUCAAAGUUUCGGAUCACGCUCUCUACUGUGGCAAGUACGAUCACGAAUACUACGUCAAUGGAUACUACGCUAAAAUACCUCUUCGGUGGAUGGCCUGGGAAGCCGUCCUGAUGGGCAAGUGCAGCAGUCAGUCGGACGUCUGGUCGUACGCGGUGACAGUCUGGGAGAUAUUCAGCAGCUGCAGCGAGCUGCCCUACGCGGAGCUCACCUCCGAGCAGGUGCUGGAGAACUGCAGUCGCUGGUACCAGAGCACGCCGAACAACAACCAGCAGCAGUUGCCCCGUGUCCUGCCCCAGCCGAGUCUCUGCCCACGCGAGCUCUACCACAUGAUGAGCAAGUGCUGGAGCAGGCGAGCCGAGGACAGACCCAACUUCGAAGAGAUCUACCUCUUCCUCAAGAGACUCACUUUCGACUGAGCGCUCAGGAUGUACCGUUUGUUCCGAAACAGUCAGUCGAGCGGGCAAGAGUGUCCGAGGUCCAUCAGUCUGCACGACAUAAAUCAACUGAUCCAUCUGUCAGGAUGAUGAAACAGUGUGCUUGGUAAUCAACUGAACUGCACAGAACGGAACACGAACUUACAUAUCCCUCAGUGCGCGCUGUCGAAUCAAGAUCACGUACCUAUGAGAAACUGUCGCUUAAAACGCUAGAGUAUUAGGAUGCGAAGGAGGCCGCGUGAUGAUCGCGCCUGGACCAAAUCAAAGAAUAACAAUCAGUAUUGAAGAAGGUGGCGUGAGACCCACGGCGUCAUAUAAAUAAUAUUCCGUGCACAUAGUCGCCGACAAUUAUUGUGAGAGAAGUCGCGCUUUUCCCACGCCUUUUUAUCAAUUAUAGACAAGAGACAGAGAGUGUGUGUGAGUGUACGCGUGUGCCCAUAUGCACGAUCGAUAUCAGAAUCAUAUUUUUCGCAACGUAGGCUGAGGUGGCACCGAAUGUUUACGAGUAUCGUAUGUUUAAUCGGUUGAGCUAGGCGCUGCAAAUGUCAACUUUGAUUAAUUAAUCAUUAGGUCGCUUGUAUGAGUUUUAGUACGUUACGAUAUACAAGUGUUAUAUGUAGUCCCUUAUUGCAGUAUUUUUAAUGUUCUAUUUUCAUUGACUUCUUUGUUACACAAAUAUUGUUGAACAUCUUUUGAUGUAAGAACGCGUACUUAUAAAUAGGUUGAACGUCAUCGUGAGUCUAAUAUUACCUCAGAAUUUUUGUGAAAAGUUUUAUUAACAUUACGUGUACUGCUAUCGUGACCACUCGAGGAUGUGAAAAUACGGUGUUGGUAUGAUAUCAUCGAUGAUACUAAUUUAUCACGAAUCAUCCUUAGGAAAUUUCGACACUAUCUGAUUUUUAUCCAACAACAAAGCAGGUUGCAAGUAAUCGUAAAGUUAUAAAUUAAAAGGGUAGUUCCUUCAGUAGUAAAGCACUAAAUUUUGUAUAGUGAUUUUACGAUUACUUGGGCCAAUAAACUCGUUGUGCGUAUUAUAAUGCGAUUUCAUUCGAGAGUAUAACCUCGUACAGUAUCAUCACAAACAUUACCAAUUAAGAAAGCAUCUCUAAGUCAUAUCUGUAACACGAACUUUACAACAGUGAAAUAUAGUAUUAAUGACAUACAUAUUUAAGCAAAAUGUAAAAUAUUAUAUGAUAAACUAACGAGUAUGAUAAUAUAGUUACUUAUUUGUAUUUUAUUCAUUGAAUGCAUAAUUCCAAUGUAUUGAAGAACAUUUCUGAUGUUACUACUUUACUUAAAUAUAGCUAAUUAAUUUUACUAGUACUUGAGGAGGACAAAGGUACACACACACACAUAUAUAUAUAUAUAUAUAUAUAUAUAUAUAUAUAUAUAUAUAUAUAUAUACACAUAGGAUAAUUUGUAUCCCCCUUUUCAAUUUUGGAAUCUACUAAGGCAGACAGACUUGCCUUUGGCACAAGAAUUCAGGCAGAGUAAACAAAAUGUAUUUUUGAAAAGACAUCAGAUGUUAUAUACCUGCGGGAAAUAUCAAAUCCACGAGUCUCCAAAAUUGGAGUAACCUUCCACUAGUUAUUGUCACUUUUGGAUUAUGGUCAAUCCAUAGAUAUUAGUUUUUGGUGUAAGAAAGGCGUACCAACACAGCACGAAUGAUCGGUUUAGCCGUUCUCUGAAUUAAACUUCUAGCCUAGGUGAUGAAAAAGAAAAUGUAAAUUAAUAAGCGUUAUUCGGUGCUCAACUGCGCUAUCUUCAGUCUAUCAAGUCGCUCAAGCGUCAACGAACAAAAAAUGAAAAUUGAUGUG